GGAUGAUGAUUUGUGACAGACGGGGUAGUUGCACCGGAGCAGGAAACGGUCAACUGCUGAGCGACGAGGAGGGGUGACUACCUAAAAAGCCACAAACAACGUCGACAUCAGUGAGCUCGAAGGCUUGCAGCACAAUGUAGGUAAUCGUAUCGUAUUCUCAUGACACUACUCAUAAUAACUAUACACUAGUGGAUGCUGACGGUGAACAAGCAGACACGGAUCGUGUAGUUACCGGGGCCGAAGAAAAUGAAGGAGAUAAAAGGCUGCGGUAUGCGUUCAUCGUUGGGGUUUCUGUCCCAGAGAAAGAUCACUGGGCACCCCCUCAUGAAGGAAGAAUUUCAGAGACUUCGGUUGGCCGGCUGCACGAGCCUUUUCAAGAAAGACAUGCUUGGGCACUUUGGUUGUGUCAAUGCUAUAGAGUUUUCCAACAAUGGAGGAGAAUAUCUUGUGUCAGGAGGAGAUGACCGCAGGGUUCUGCUGUGGCACAUGGAGAAAGCCAUCCAUGGGCGAGCCAAGCCUCUGAAGCUGAAAGGGGAGCACCUGUCCAACAUUUUCUGCCUGGCUUUCGAUAGCACCAACAGGAGGGUCUUCUCCGGUGGCAAUGAUGAGCAGGUGAUUCUUCAUGACGUGGAAAGGGGGGAGACUCUGAACGUGUUCCUGCAUGAUGAUGCUGUAUACGGCCUGUCGGUCAGUCCGGUCAACGAUAACGUGUUCGCCAGCUCCUCUGACGAUGGGCGUGUCCUCAUCUGGGACGCGCGGGAGCCCCCUCAUGGAGAACCCUUCUGUCUGGCCAGCUACGCUUCAGCGUUCCACAGCGUGAUGUUCAACCCGGCUGAGCCCAGACUGCUGGCCACAGCCAACUCCAAGGAGGGCGUGGGGCUCUGGGACAUCAGGAAGCCACGCAGUUCUCUGCUGCGCUACGGCGGCAGCAUGUCCCUGCAGAGCGCCAUGAGCGUGCGCUUCAACAGCACGGGCACGCAGCUGCUGGCCCUGCGGCGCCGCCUGCCCCCGGUGCUGUACGAGCUGCACUCCCGCCUGCCCAGCUUCCAGUUCGACAACCAGGGCUACUUCAACUCCUGCACCAUGAAGAGCUGCUGCUUCGCGGGGGACAAGGACCAGUACAUCCUGUCUGGAUCUGAUGACUUCAACCUUUACAUGUGGAGAAUCCCUAAAGAUCCUGAAGCUGGUGGCCCAGGGCGCGUGGUAAACGGUGCCUUUAUGGUUCUGAAGGGCCACCGCUCCAUCGUCAACCAGGUCCGGUUCAACCCUCACACUUACAUGGUGUGCUCCUCUGGCGUGGAGAAGGUCAUCAAGCUGUGGAGCCCUUACAAGCAGCCUGAAAGCCUGGGGGACCUGGAGGGUCGCGUUGAGGACAAGUCCCGGAGCCUGUACACCCACGAGGAGUACAUCAGCCUGGUUCUGAACAGUGGCAGCGGCCUCUCCCAUGACUAUGUCAGCCAGUCCAUCCAGGAGGAUCCGCGCAUGAUGGCGUUCUUCGACUCGCUGGUCCGCCGCGAGAUUGAGGGCUGGAGCUCCGACUCGGACAGCGACCUGAGCGAGGGCGCCAUCCUGCAGCUCCACGCCCGCGGCCGGCGCCCCACGCGGAGGACCGCCACUGCCGCCGUGCCCACCCCCCCUCCCGCUGCCGUCUCUGGUCAUCAUAGCGACUCGGACCCCUCCUCCUCUUCUCCCCUGCCGGUGCCUGAGACACCGACGCCGACCGCCCUGCCCCUCCCGGAGGAGGAAGGGGCAGGGCCGCUGAGGAGGCGGGGCAGGCGGCCGCACCACCAGUCGGCCUUCCUGCUGGACCUGGUGAACGAGGAUUCGGACUCCAGCGGGUUCUGGCCCGACCCCAUGCCCCGGCCUCGCUCUCCCAGCCCCAGGGACAACUCCACCCUCUCCCAGAGCACCUCCUCGCCAGCCGGCGCCUCCUCGUCCUCGUCCUCCUCCACCUCCUCCAGCAGCAGCGAGGACGAGGAGCGCCGCAGGGCCAGCACGAGGCAGCGCAACGCGGCCCGGAGGCGCCGCAUGCACUUCCCCUCCCACUCGGCGGAGAGGCCCGCGUCCGUGCAGGCGCUGUACUCGGGGGCGGACUCCUGCAGCUACCCCAAGAUUUCCCUGGAGGACGCCUCCUCCUCCUCAGAGGAGACGCAGGGCUCCGCCUACAUUCACAGGUCCACCCCAAAGAACAAGGGGCGACCCCAGCACCCCCCUUCCACGCUGCCGCACCCCAACUCCGCCCCCCCGUCUCCUGGUAUCCACGGCAACGAGGAGGGAGACUGCGGGACGGAUCCGCGAGGGUGGCGCCUGACCACCUCCCCCCGCUCUGGGGACGAGCUGGGCCGGGAGAGGACGGCGUCUCGCUGUAAGGAGCGGGAGGCGAGGGGGGACCUUCUGGAGGCGUCGGACAGCGCAGAGGAGAGCGGCGUGGGCCAGAGUGGCAGCUCCUUGGUCCUGGACGGGAGCUUGGCCUCUCCCGGCCACCUGAGCCCUGGGGUGAAUGGGCAGCGCCGGACUGGGGGCCCCCACAGGUCCCAACCGGGUCAGAACAACCCCACACGCUCAUCCGAGUCUGAGGGAGAGGCGGUCAUUAAGCCCACGGACACUAGGACAUUGGUGGAGGAACAGGCCUCCCUCAGAGGUCAGGGGGGGGUCAAAAGGACUCAUAGGGGGUCAGGGGAGGGGGGGUCGGGGGCACAGCCUUCAGAGAAGAAGUUCAAGACAUGAUGGCGCCUGGCGUUUUUGUGAGUGUCGAUGGACAGGUGAAGGGUUCGGUUUUACAGACUUACCUGAGGGUGUGUGUAGGAUGUGGUUUUCACAGCUCAGUAUCUGGUUUGAUAUUAUCCUAAAGAACUGCUGAAAGAUGCUGCUGUGAUGCAGAGGGAAGCUACCAUUCAGAAGAGUUGAGACAUGGCGGUCUUGAGGUUUCAUAUUCCCACAGGAACAGAGGAUAGUGUUUAUGGACAUUUGUUUUUGCAUACUUUGGAUGUUGUCAUCUUUCUUAAGGUCGAACCGCUGAUGACGCUGAAACGUAAACAAACUCAAAUCCAAGCUAAAGAAUAACAUUGACAAUAAUGGUAUUGUAAGUGAAUUUGCAAAUGAUUAAGUUGUGUGCAUAAAUCUUUUGAUUGUAUGCUUUAAAAAUAAACGCAUAGAUGUUUUUAUCCUUUUUUCGUUAAGGAAAUAUGUUCAGAGACAAGACUUCUGUUUCAAGGUUUGAUAGAAAAUAUAAAAUUCAGUUUGUUGCUGAGAGUGAACUGGAGAAUCCUUCCUUUUCAAGAGCGAUUCUCUGACUGCUUCAGGGUGCCUGAGUGAGGACUGUCUCCAUGGCGAUCUUGGUGUGCACCAUCUGCUUUUAAUUUUGCAUUAUAGUUAUGUGUUCAGUGUCCCUACUUACCAAUAGGUUUAUUCUCCUCCCUCUUUAUCCAACAAAUGGAUAUCACCAGUCAGCCAUGUUUUUGCUUCUUGCAAUAAAGAAUAACCUGUUUUCCAGUGAUAACAUGAAUUGUUACUAUGAUGCUAUGAUCUGAUUGAUGCUAGGAUCAGGAUGGUUAGCAUUCAGAAUUUUUACUCAAACAACCCUGCAUAUGUUGGGGACAGUCCUUUCAUUUCAACAUUUACAUGAUGGUGUCAACAAACUUUCUUUUUUUAAUCAAACAAUGAAAUAAACCGUUUUCAUCUUAAGGGGUAAAAAUAACAUUGUGU